GCUGAAGAAUUAGCUUUUGGAUAACAUGAAACGUGUUCGCUGCAAUUUCAGAGGCUGAUGACUAUGCUACAACCAAUGUGGACCGAAUCAUCAACUGGUCGUACUGUAGUUUCCAUGGAAAAGGCAUUGUAUUUGACAAUUUGGAAGCUUGCCAAUAAUACAUCAUUUCGACAAAUUAGUGAUAGAUUUGAUGUAGGAAUGGGCGCCACUUAUAGAACAUUUAUUAAAAUCCUCAAACUUAUAUGUCGUCUAAAAUCGACAAUAAUAAAAUUUCCAACUACUACUGCAGCUCAAAAAAAGAUCGCUGAUGGGUUUUCUCAACGUCGCCACAAUAUAUWUCCUUUUGUAUUAGGAUGCAUUGAUGGAACGCACAUUCUCAUAUCACAACCAAAAAAUGAUGCAAUAAGUUUCUAUAACAGAAAAGGGACGUUUUCCAUCAUUGCACAGGCCAUUGUUGACAGCGAUAUGAAAUUUCUAGACGUCUUUGUCGGCUGUCCCGGACGAUGUCAUGACGCAUCAGUGUGGCAAAGGAGCCCAUUUCGUAGAGCACUAGUAAGCGGUGAAUUAAAAAUUCCACCAAAUCWCCACUUCUUAGGCGACGCAGCUUAUCCGCUAGAAACGUUUCUCAUGGUGCCAUAUCGGGAUAAUG